AUGCUGAGAUUUGGGCAGCACCUCAUCAAGCCCUCGGUGGUGUUCCUGAGGACGGAGCUGUGCUUUGCCCUGGUGAACCGCCGGCCGGUGCUGCCGGGACAUGUCCUUGUCUGUCCCCUGCGGCCGGUGGAGCGUUUCCGUGACCUGUGUCCCGAGGAAGUGGCUGAUUUGUUUCGCACGGCACAAAGGGUUGGAAAUGUGGUGGAGAAACAUUUCUGUGGCACCUCGCUCACCUUUUCCAUCCAGGAUGGCCCUGAAGCUGGACAAACAGUGAAGCAUGUUCAUGUCCAUGUGCUGCCAAGGAGGGCUGGAGACUUCAGCAGGAAUGAUGAUGUCUAUGAGGAGUUGCAGCGACAUGACAAAGAUGAUUCCCCUGACAAGUGGAGGACAGAAGAAGAAAUGGCAGCUGAAGCAGAAAUUCUGAAGAAGUAUUUCCAGGAAAAUUAGAGGUAGCAAAGUGUUUGGAACACAUCCCAUGACACCAGAAAGUCCCCAGAAAGAACGACCUCAUUCUCCAGUUCUCAGUGGCCCUGGAGCUGCAGCUCUACAAUUUUAUUAUGUUCUACAAAUA